ACCACUGGUGUUGUGUUACAGAGGAGCUCCUGUGGCUGCUGCUGCUGUUAAUCAGCCAGUGUGAGUGGGCUGGCUGCCACUGGGGGAUACCCUCAAGCUUCCUGGAGAAGGGGGCAGUAGAGGAGUACUUCCCCUUGGAGAAGAGUAAUGGUUCCCAACAAGCCCGGUAGCAGACUGUGUGUGGCUACUUCCUGCGGCUACCCAGUAGAGAUCUACUAGGGUGACAGAAGGGACUUCUAUAGAGCCUUUUGCUUGGGUGAGUGGCAGUGGCAAGGGGCCACACCCAUGCAAGAACCCUCUGGUGAUGGUUGUGGACACACUGUUCUGGGCCCGGAAAGUGGAACUCUUACUUCAAUAAACUACCCACAGACGUAUCCCAACAGCACGGUGUGUGAGUGGGAGAUUCGUGUAAAAUCCGGACAGAGAGUGCAGCUCAAAUUUGGUGAUUUUGAUAUUGAAGAUUCAGAUGCUUGCCAUUUUAAUUACUUGCGAGUUUACAAUGGAAUUGGACCCACCAGGACAGAGAUAGGUAAAUACUGUGGCCUGGGCUUUCAGAUGGACAGUUUAAUUGAGUCAAAAAGUAAUGAAGUCACAGUACAGUUCAUGAGCGGGACACACCUUUCUGGGCGUGGAUUUCUUGCCUCUUAUUCAACCACCGACAAAUCAGACCUAAUAACCUGUUUAGACAAUGCAAGUCACUUUUCUGAACCAGAAUUCAAUAAGUAUUGUCCAGCUGGAUGUGUGAUUCCUUUUGCUGAUAUUUCUGGCACUAUUCCUCAUGGAUAUAGUGAUUCCUCGUCACUUUGCAUGGCUGGUGUGCAUGCAGGAGUGGUGUCCAAUAUUCUGGGUGGCCAAAUCAAUGUUGUAAUCAGCAAAGGCAUUCCAUAUUAUGAAAGCUCUUUGGCUAACAAUGUCACCUCAAAAAUAGGACUGUUAUCUCCAAGUCUCUUCACGUUUAAGACUAGUGGUUGCUAUGGGACACUGGGAAUGGAAUCUGGAGUAAUCCCUGAUUCUCAGAUUACUGCGUCAUCAAGUCUAGAGUGGCCUGACCAAACAGGCCAGGCACACAUCUGGACUCCUGAAAGAGCCAGAUUGAAAAGGCCUGGACCUCCUUGGGCUGCUUUUACCACUGAUGUGUAUCAGUGGUUACAAAUAGACCUGAAUAAAGAAAAGAGAAUAACAGGCAUUAUAACUACUGGAUCCACCAUAGCAGAGUACUACUAUUACAUCUCUGCCUACCGAAUUCUAUACAGUGAUGAUGCACAGAAAUGGACAGUAUACAGAGAACCUGGUGUUGAUCAGGAUAAGGCUUACCAUUCCAACACUUGCUUCUUCUGGGAUCUGCAGCUUCAGGAGAUAUUUCAAGGAAACACUGAGUAUUACCAGGAAGUUCGCAAUAACUUCAUUCCACCUAUUAUUGCACGUUUUGUUAGGGUUAACCCGUUAAAAUGGCAUCAGAAAAUUGCAAUGAAAGUGGAACUGCUAGGAUGUCAGUUUAGUAUAGGUCGGGCUCCAAAACUUACUAUGCCGCCGCCACCACCACCACCACCACCACAAAGUAACAACGACUUCUCCCUGCAGACUGAUAAAACAACCUCCACUCCUGAGAUCAAAAACACCACUGUGACUCCAACUGUAACCAAAGAUGUGGCACUGGCAGCAGUCCUAGUUCCAGUUCUGGUGAUGGUCUUCACUACUCUCAUUCUGAUCUUGGUGUGUGCAUGGCACUGGAGAAACCGAAAGAAAAAAGCUGAAGGAACAUAUGACUUACCUUACUGGGAUCGCGCAGGGUGGUGGAAAGGCAUGAAGCAGUUUCUUCCUGCCAAGUCAGCAGAGCAUGAAGAAACCCCUGUUCGCUAUAGCAACAGUGAAGUGAGUCACGUGAGACCAAGAGAAGUCCCAACUAUCUUACAGACUGAGUCUGCAGAGUAUGCUCAACCACUGGUAGGGGGAAUCGUUGGCACACUUCAUCAGAGAUCAACCUUUAAACCAGAAGAGGGAAAAGAAGCAAGCUAUGCUGAUGUGGAUCCUUACAACUCACCUGUACAAGAAGUUUAUCAUGCUUAUGCUGAACCAUUGCCUGUCACUGGACCAGAAUAUGCAACCCCAAUAAUCAUGGACAUGUCAGGUCAUUCCACCGCACCUCUUGGUGUCUCUUCUAUUUCUACUUUCAAGGCUACAGGGAACCAAGCCCCUCCCAUAGUGGGAACUUGCAAUAAACUCUUAGCUAGGACAGAUAGCUCAUCAUCUGCACAUGCACUGUAUGAUACACCAAAAGGGAUGCCUGGACUGGGUUCCUCGGCUGAAUUGGUGUACCAGGUACCACAGAGCAUGCCACAUUUUACAGGAAGUUGAGGAGAACUGAGGUAAGUUAUGAAUGAGCUAGGGGGUGGCAAAUGUGAAUUCUUAAAAAACAAAAUUCUUUGAAGGUGACUACAUUAAAACGUCACUUUUGAAUCACAUUGAAUUUUUUUUGUAUUGUAAGUUGUAGUAACAUGGAGUUGAACAAAAAUGUGAUGUGAUAUCGGAGGUCUAGGAAACUAACAAUCCUGCCAUUUCUUUGAGGGUAUAUACAUAUGAUUUAUUUGUUGCUGUUCAGAAACCAUGGACACCCAGUUUACUACUGUACAUGAGAGGAGUUCCCUAAGAUGAACUUCAGCAAUUGAUAGUCACGCUGCAUGGAGAGGAAUGAUACAUUGCUAUAGCCUGAGAGCCAAUAAUUUAGACCUUGCUGAAGGUACUGUUCCUGAAAUACCAAGCUUUAACAUUUCUGAAAUCCAUGUAUAAGAGAUGCAGCUGAGGGAUUGUACCCAACAUCUAGCUUCCCCAAAGAGAACUUCAAAAACUCUUGAUAUUCCUGGGACCACUCCUGCUCCUGCUGUAACUGAACUUUAGGACAAACUCCCACUGACUUCAUCGGAAGCAGGAUCAAGCUUGAAUGAGUACAAGUGUUCCACCUUUUCUUUGUGGGACCGGCAAUGCAGAGUUGCUGGAAAUCUGUAAGGCGAGCUACUUUGGAGGAAACAAUUUUUCUACUGUUCUUAGCUUCCUUUAAAAAAACUAAACCCCAACAUCUGUUAGCUUUGUAAUGUAAGUUACCUUUGCCACAUCUUCUCAAGUCUCGUGGACCUUAAGGUCAGAAGGGACCAUCAGGAUCACCUAGUCUGACCUCCUGCACAUUGCAGGCCACAGAACUUCACCCUUCUCUUUUCUAGGGAUAAUUUCUCUGUAUUAAUUCAUUGGGUGGUCAGACUCUUUUCUAAACAGACUACAGUGUGAUCAGUGUCCUUAACAAUUGUUACUUGGGAAUUUAUCCCUAGUAAGUGAGACUACUGAAUUAUCCUAAUUUGAAUCCUCUGAGGUUCCCAAUUACCUCUGCAAUGAGGCUGAAAACUUGGUCAUUCUUUGAGGAAACUGCAGGUCUAAAAGAGUGACUCUCUUGUUUUAAAAGAACUUGUACUGGUUUAAAUCAGUACGCAAGUACUGCUGAGAGCUUUUAAGAUUAAGGGAUAGGUUUUCAAGCUUGUGCACAAAAAUGGCCAGCAUAAUCACAUGAAUAAAAUG